GAAAAGAAUUGCUGCGCCCUCAGUCGUGACUCGAUCGUCGCGGUGAGUCGACUGUAGUUAUUUAUAAAUUGUCGUUAUCCUAAAAUUGAUUGAAUUUUUAUAUAUUAUUAUAAUUGUGCGCACAAUUUUCAUAUUCCUUUCGAUAAACAACGCUAAUUCUUUUGUCGAAAGAUGGCAAAUAUAAUUACAAGUGAGAAUAAUUGUUCAAGGAACAGAGAAACGGAGCGUAGCUUGACAGUCGGUCACGAAGCGAUCGAUUUUGAAAGGAACGCCGUUCUUCGAAAAUACGGAACCAAUCGAUCGUAUGCUAACCUUAGAGAGUAGAAGACCGAUUAAAUGGAUACCUAAUACGAAACGCAUCGAAUCAGUGAUUGUACGUUUAUAAGUGGCAAUGAGGACGCGCGGUUUUGGAUCGAUCAAAGAAUUAGAAUAGUUCUUUCUCUCUCCCUCUUUCUCUCUCUCUCUCUCUCUCCCCCUUUCAUCUCUUUCCCCUUAUUUCCCAUCUCUCCCUGCCUCCCUUCCUUCGGAAGAGAAUGAAAGUGUGCUAGAAAAAACGUGACAUCGAGUGCAUUGGUCGUGAUUUCCUUUUCCUUUACGUAUUUCGUGUAUAACGUGUGUUACGAACACGUAUGUGCGUUAUUUCUAAUAUAUACGUGUAUGCGCCUGUGCGUGUGCAUGCGCGCGCGCGCGCGCGAGCUCCGGCGAUGUCAGAAGUUCAUCGCAUGAAAGCAAUUGUCGGUUUUGUUCGAUAAGAAUGGGGCUGCCGGUGAUCGACCGACGGUUAGUGGUUUAACGUAACAUAACAUUACUUGACGCUACUGCAAACAUAGUAUGCAUAUUGGUGAAUAUAGAUGAGUGACACAUGUAUACGUAGCUGGUAUACAAAUACAUGGGGAUAUAGUCAGUGCGUGUGCGUAGGUGGGUAUCGAAUAUAAUGUGGGUGUGGGUGUGCGUUGUUCGUACGUAUGGACGUUCGUACGUACGCGUAUUUUGUGGUAACGUGUAAUGGCAUGGAAAUGAGGCGCGCGCGAGUGUCACGCCGAAAGAUACGCCUCUCGCCUGGAAAGCUACUUUGUGCUCUAAACUCGAAAGGAGAAUCCUCUCGCGAGUGGCCGCUCUUACCGGUUUAACCUCGUCGACAUCGUGCGUGUGUUCCUUCUGGCCUUUGAUUCUAUUUAUCCGGUUUUCGGAUACAUCUGUAAUUUUCCAUUGAAUUUUCAUCAACAUGUAUUAACAUCAAGUUACAACGAUUGUAAAGGGUCUCGUUCGUCAUUCACGACCUUCUUCAGAAUCUUUGGAUAUCCGAAAGAAAAAUGCGCAACGAGUGGCUAAGAAACUUGUUCGCGACAGCAAUUUUCGCCCUUAUGGUAGAUGGGCAAUUGAGAUCACCGCGUAUAACGGAACAUCCUUCGGAUAUAAUAGUGGCCAAGAAUGAACCGGUAACAUUGAAUUGCAAGGCGGAAGGUAAACCUCAGCCCGUGAUUGAGUGGUAUAAGGACGGUGAACUGGUUCAAACAUCACCCGGAGAUGCAAAAUCACAUCGUGUUCUUCUUCCUACGGGAUCUCUUUUCUUCUUGAGAGUAAUGCACGGGAAAAAAGAACAAGACGGAGGAGUGUAUUGGUGCGUUGCAAGAAAUCAAGCAGGCUUUGUUCCAAGUCGAAACGCAACGCUAACUGUCGCAGUGUUGAGGGAUGAGUUCCGCGUGGAACCACAAAAUACAAGGGUGGCAGCUGGAGAGACUGCUCUGUUAGAGUGCGGACCACCCCGAGGUCAUCCAGAACCAACGCUGCAUUGGAAGAAAAAUGGUCACGCGAUAGAUUUGGAUGCUACUAAACGUAUCACUUUGGUAGACGGAGGAAAUUUGAUGAUUUCGGAUGUUAGGCAAACUGAUCAGGGAAAAUAUCAAUGCGUUGCCGAGAACAUGGUGGGCGUGAAAGAAUCUGCAGUGGCAACAUUGACAGUUCACGUGAAGCCAUUCUUCUUGUCGACUCCUGCGAAUCAAACGAUCCUAGCUGACCAAACGGCCGAAUUCGCCUGCCGCGUAGGCGGCGAUCCUCCACCUGAGAUCCUUUGGCGACGAAAUGAUGGGAAAAUGCCAAUCGGGCGGGCGCAUAUUUUGGACGACAAAAGCUUGCGAAUCGAAAGAGUGACGUCGCAAGAUCAAGGGACGUACAUUUGCGAUGUUGAGAACGGUGUCGGUGCCAUAUCUGCGACUGCAACUUUGACAGUACAUUCGAGGCCAAUAUUCAGCAGCUUUCCAAAAGACGAGAUAGUCAGCGUCGGAUCGAACGUUUCGUUUUCCUGCGCGGCUCGUGGCGCACCGCAGCCUUCUAUCUUUUGGACACGCGAAGGUUCUCAAGAAUUAAUGUUUCCUGGAAACGAAUACCAAGGACGAUACAAAAUCACAGAGGAUGGGAGUUUACGUAUCAAGAGCGUACUUGGAAAAGACGAAGGACACUACGUUUGCAGCGCGAUCAGUCAGGCUGGUGCGAGCACAGCUACGGUCUUUCUUCAGGUUACAUCGGUCGAGGAGGUUCCACCGCCUGUCAUCGAAAUUGGAGCAACGAAUCAAACGUUGGCCCCGAAAAGCGAAAUUUCCUUGCCGUGCCGUGCAUUCGGAAGACCUAGCCCAAAAAUCCGCUGGUACAAAAACGACCAACUUGUACGAAUCGAUGGCGAUGAUCGAUUUGCGAUCGCUGGUAACGGCACUCUGUCUCUAAAAAAUCUUCAAUCGAGCGACACGGGAAUAUACAAGUGUGUUGCAUCCUCCGAGUCCGGGAAUACGUCAUGGUCGGCUAGUUUAACGAUUAGCCCAGCAGCGAGUUAUCACGGCGUCGUCGUGCCAGAUAUAUCGCUACUUCCCGAAAGUCCAAGCAAACCAAGAAUAGUGAAUACCACUAGCAACACGGUCACGCUCACCUGGAGCCCGGGACACGAAGGCGUUAACAAAAUAAUCGAUUACACGGUCGAGUAUUUUGCUACGAAUCCAAAGACUAGCUGGAUUGUUGCCGGAACGAGAAUAAUAGAUGACGUCUAUACCGUAACGAAUCUCAAACCAGAUACGAGUUACGUAUUCCUUGUUCGUGCUCGAAACAGUCAGGGUCUUUCCGUUCCUGGACCGUUUUCCGAUGUGGCGCGCACGACUAAUAUCGAUCAACACGCGAUUCCUCAAACUGAACUAAUUCGAGCAAGAGAUCGUCUCAACAGUGAAAUUCUUUACUUGAAGGAUGUUCAGCCUUUGAGCAGUACCAGCGUAAAGAUCGUAUGGGACAUACUGGGAGCUGCCGAUUUGGUCGAAGGCUUGUACAUAAGAUAUCGUCAGGUUUCGGAGAAGCCAGAAUAUCGAAUGGUCACGGUACUGAAUGCCGGGGCAACCAGCUACGUUUUGACCAAUUUAAACAAGUACACGCGUUACGAGUUCUUCCUAGUUCCUUUUUUCAAGACUAUCGAAGGGAGACCGAGCAACGUGAAAUUAGCGAUCACGCUGGAGGACGUACCUUCCGGGGCACCUGAAAACGUUCAUGUCGGCAUGAUAAAUGUGACCUCGGCAUUCGUCCGUUGGUCUCCGCCGCCGAAAACUACACAAAAUGGACAAUUAAUAGGAUAUAAGAUUCAAAUCAAGAGCAAUAGCAGCAACAAGAUUUUGGGCCAGAUGUCUUUAAAUGCGUCGACAACGUCGGUGAUUAUCAACAGCCUAACGACAGGUGGUCUUUACACGGCGCGCGUUGCCGGGUUAACUCGUGUAGGUCUUGGACCGUUUUCCAAUCCGACCGUUUUGAACAUGGAUCCAGGACAAUUGACGCAGUUGCCGCCACGAACAGAUCCGAGUCAAAGAAAUGCCUCUGUCGUGAGUGAAACUUGGUUUUUGAUUCUCGUGAUAACGGUCGUGUUGACCGUUAUCGCCGCGUUAUUGGGUGCUGUUUACGUUCGUCGAAGGCAAGCGAUGAGUAAACAACUCGGCCACUUGAAUGUUCCUGUCGGCACGGCUAACGACAUUUGUCAAUUAAACAAAGAUACUCUGUGGUUAGAGCGUGGUUGGAGGCCGAGUAACACACUCCAGGCUUCCACCACCGAUAAGGACUGCGAAACGAAGCUAUUAAGCAAUCAGAAUCAAAUCGGCCUGCCACCUGGAAUCGUUGGAAUGGCUGGCUCGGAAUACGCCGAAGUGAAUCUAACGACAUUUUACAAUGCUCGAAAACAGUUGCAAGCUCCGCCAGAACCAUACGCUACAACGACACUGUGCAUGCCUGCUCGUAGCCCGGAUUCGAUAGAAACCGCCGGUCGAAAGUCGAAUUCCAGCGAUUCUUGUCUCAAGCCGGACUAUUCGAGUUUAGAUUCGAACUUGGAUCGAAACAAGUCAACCGUGUCUCCGAGCAGCGACAAUGCCAGUAGCGUUUAUAACGCGGAUGAUAAUACGGAAGCGCAAAGAAGAGCUCAUCAAUACAGAAUGCCGCUGCCAAAUGAAAAUCAGCCACCGAAUUGGUGCGAUAUGCUACCACCUCCGCCGGAACAUCCGCCCUCGUUCGAGGGAUCUCUCGGUUCUUCCAGAUCGCAUUCGCAUACGCAUCAACACCAACACCAACAUCAGUAUCAAUAUCAUCAUCAUCAUCAUCCGCAUCAAAUGCAGCAUCAGUAUCAGCAUCAACACCAUUAUCAACAGCAGCAGCAGCAGCAACAGCAACAGCAACAACAACAGCAACAACAGUACCAACAUCAGACCGCCUUUAGCCCCCACCUAGGCAAGAGAAGUAUCGAAAGGCAAAACGAUUUGGACUUGAUCACGAGUGCAGGACUAGCGUUGGGACUGGGUUUAAGCUCGAGUUCGAAUUCAGGUUCCGGUUCUGGUUCGGGUUCCGCAGGUGGAAGCGGCGGCGGUGGUGGGGGCACUGGUAGCGGUGGUGGUGGAGGAGGUGGAUCCGGUUCGGGCUCGGGAUCGAGAAAUUCGCAAAGUCCGCCGAGUCCGCCGACCAGAAUAAUUAACAAUUUAGGAGGUUCGAAUACAAUUUGGAACGAUUCGGGUCAGCAGACUCAACCGUUCGACAAUUCUGUUCCGCAAAAUAACGUCCAUCAGCAAGGUAGGUAUACGAGUUUGCCCCCGCAAACGAAUCCACCGGCACUGCCUGUCUUUCCACAAUCGUUCGACUGUUACGAUUCGUACAAAGGUAAUCACGAAAACGAAUACGAGAGCGGCUCUCUUUUGUACGGUCAACGAAAUGAUUCGCCAUCGGAAGACUACGAUUCUGCGUACAGUCGUGUAAAUCGUGCGGAUUCACGAUCGGAACGAUCAAUAGCGAACGAGGAUAUCUAUCGACGAAACGAUCAAGAUAUCUAUACAACGGAGAAUCUUUAUCAAGCUGAGAACGACGAAUGGGAUAGAAAGUCGUGCGAUUCGAACGCACACUCGGAUAUUUGUUGUUCCUGUUCGGAAUCCAGUUGCCUCUAUGGGAACACCCUCGAAUACAACGACCAAUUCGCUCCGACAUCGGCCAAUUGCCUGCAUGGUAAAACAGGUUCACGAAAUAGAAAUGGCAAAAGUCCACGUAGAAGAAAUACUAGAACUGCUUCACCGACCUACAGUAGCGGUGAUAGUAAUUAUUCUUGUAUCCCUCCAAGGCAGUCUGGAAACAUUAGCUCGCAAGAAAGGACGAGGCAUAACCGUGGCAAAGAUAAAGUGCCUAGCUUUUCGAGAAUCGGCGGCUAUCCUCAGCACAAUUCCUCGGCCUCGAACACAGUCAGCAGUUCUGGAAGUCAAAGAUACAACAAGCUGAACAAUGUUUUCGUAGGUGGUGGGAAUUCAAAUGCUCCUAUAGAGUGCAGUCGGCCGGCCGACCUUCGCGAUGGCUAGUGGUCACAAGGAUUCCCGGAGGAUCAAGACCGACCGAUAGAAUCGACCGUUGGUGAUACGAACCGCUGUUUCAACCUCAAACGAAUUACUUGGAUCGCAACGAAUCGUAGCCGUCUCGCGCGACAAUAUCGCCAACAUUCUCAAAGUACCUUUUCAGGGCUAAGCUCGUCCUCGAUAUCUCCAAACCUUAAUAGCUAAUCGUAUUAACCGUGAUAUUCCUUUAUUCCUGUCUCUUUUCUUCCUACCACCCUCCGCCGCGCGAAACUCUUUCAUUCAUAUUCAUUAAUAUUCUCCUAAUAGAUGGGUUUAACCUCGUCUCCGUUAGCCCUGUUUACGCAAGUAGUGCGAAGAACGCGUUCAUCUCGUAGUUUCGAUACUUUACCUAAUUACCUAACCGAGUUGUUACGUUUCUUCGUUUUUUGCUCAAUAUAUACAACCACUGCCAUUGAGUAAUGAAAAUGGAUGAUGGACGAUAUGGUUGACAGUGAAAAGUGAACGGUGAACGGUGAACAGUGAACAGUGAACAGUGUGAACAGGAUGCGAGAUGAUGGAUAUGAUGAAAAGAAAGUGUUAUAGAUCGAAUAGAUUUAGUUUCAUAAUCUUUGUUCGUGAGUAACGAUAAUUUACGAUUUCAACGUCGACUACGACAUUGCAAACGAUAUUAACACGCAAUAUAUUGUUACGCGUAUGCGCACAUGGCAGUUCUGUGCGCUAGAUCAACGUGGCACUUGUGUACUUUUCAGAAAUUUUCAAUUUUCGCCGCUCAGAGAUCCGCACGGUUCUAUUAUUUUCCGAUGUAACGUUCCUAAAUGAUUGAAAAUGAUUCUUUAACUUUGUCGUACGGAUACGAACGUGUUGCCACGUGAUACUUCUUUAACGAUAUACAUAUGUAUGCACAACUUUUAAGGGUACGUGCAGCAAAGAAUGAUCGACUGUCGUGCAACAAGUAUUACAUCAUAUGGAACAGUUUUUUUUUCUUCUUUUUUUUUUUUCUUGUGUAUGUACGUAUGCGUGUGCGUGUGUGCGUGUAGAAGCUUCUUUCUUCUAUGAGCAGUUGAAACAAUGGAAAGUAGCUGUCGACCGGUGUCUUUCGUCGUAAAUCUUCAAUGCGAAUCGGAAACGAGCAGCUAUCGUUUUAGCUAUUCUUCUAUUGGUUGCAUCGAUCGAAAGGGAAAAAACAAUUGCCACGUAACAUUGACGAAUUGAUUCGUCGGUAAUCGCUUACGAAUACCAGCGAAGAUUACGGCAGACAAAGAAAAUACGAAUAAGUGACAAGCUACGAGGACGACGACCAACAGUGUUGAAACGGCCAUUAUAAUAUUCUAAAUUGGAUCGAAUCGGGCGUCGUUGAUCCGAGCACGUUUACAAACUGCAUCUCUUGGUUCCUCCUAAUCUCAGUGUAUGUUGCGUGAGAGUUCGUCGAGGCUCCGGAAUUGGAACGAAUCUUAAUGUAAAUUGAGAUAGUCGAGUGGAUAGAGGACACUCGUUGUGUAAUAAUCGCUCAAAUUCGUUGUAAUUAGUUUGUUCUUUCGCGCGAGAAAACAAAGAGUAAAUAUUAUUAAAGAAUUGACUGAUUGUAGGUCGGCGAUCGUCGAACUAUGUUAUACCGUUCUAACGAAUGGGUUUAUUAAUACGUUGAGCGCGGCGUCGGUUCCCGGGGCCGAUAGUAUUAAAGUUAAAAAAUAAAUGUAGUCAUUUCAAUGAAAUUUAUUAGAACGCUCUAAACAAAAAUGGAUUUACCUUGGAUUUACACAUAUUACAAAACGUGACAACUUUUUUGGUCAAAAUUUUGGCUAUCUCGCGUCCAAAUAGCUUUGAAUUGUUAUCAUAACAUACCGAACAAUAUCUUCGCACUUUAUGUACGUCUGCUUCCUUUUUGUGCGAUUUAUGAACAAUUCUUCUUUCAACUUGGAUAUUUGGAUAUUGCCUUUUGGAUCAAAUCAUUCAUUUCGAUCACAGAUUCAAUGGCAGACGAGACUUAUCCAGUGCGCGAAGUCGCGUGCUUUAAAAUCUUUAGCUCGCUCGUUACCGGCUAAACGGAAAAGAUAGCAAUUUCGGCACCGCGCUCAACCUAUUGACAGACGUUGACAAGCGUCAAAGAGAAAUAACAGACGCUGAACGCACUGCCGAAUAUCACAAUUCCGGAAGACUACGUAGAUCGGAGAUACGAUUCAAUGUGUAACAUAAGUAUAUAAAAUUAUCCUCGCGAGUAACGGUUGGCAAAUGAAAUUGGUAAAUCCGUAGAUCGCAUAUAGAAACAUACAAGUAUAAUCCAUCCAGAAAGGUGAGAAACAAGAAUAAAAGAGGAAAAAGCUAUUAGUAACGAAUUAAAUUAAAAGAAGGAGAGCGUUCGUUUUCGUAGAGUGUUUAAAUAAAUGAUAAAUUCCGAACAAGAGUUAGAGAAAGAGGGAAACGUAGCUACGUAGAACUUAUAUUUUAAGUAUUCACCGUAACAAUAUUCAAACAUUAUCUCUGAUAGUCUAUUUAGACUGUACACUGAGUUUGCCAAACUUCGUCUUUACGGACUCUAUCGACUGGUGGUAAAUGGUCCUUUUCUAUAGGCACAUAUGUGUGUAGAUUCUUUUUGGGAGAAGAAACAAACAAAGAAAUGAACAAACACCUCCAAAUCUGUACAUAAAUUCGCACUCGAACUCUUCCACAAUAUGGGAGCAGUUCGAUCGAUAGUAGUUACUUAUUUAGAUACCGAAAAUAUUUCGAGUUCAAGAUCGAGAACUCGUGAUACUUUUGUCACAGAUUAUGCGGCAGAGUAAACGAUUCUUGAACCAGUUAUACCGAACCAUCCUAUCAAUUUGCGAAGCGAAAAAAGUAAUGACGUUAUUUUUAUAGUUUCUCAUAUUUGCACGAUUGUUAUGAUGGUUCAAACUGUUUGUAUGUAUCAUAUUGCGCGUAACACCUUCAACGUUGAACGAAAAUAGAAGAUCGCGUACGGAUCGUGACGACACACACACGCGCGCGCGCGCGCACGCACGCAUGUACACGCACGCACACACCAAAUUCUUUUUUCCCUUAAACUCGCUUUUAAUUCCUAUCGCCACUAUCGCGGGCUUACUGUGCAACCCCUACCCUUCCGCCCCCCCCCUCUUCUCAAUCCCGUGCGCAUCUUUAAUUCUUUCAUUCUCGUUUCUCGUGUCGUCUAUUGGCCCGUAAUUUGAGUUGUCCUGUCUAUCUUAAAUUGCUCUUACGCUUAUGCGCAUGUUCUUGCGCUCGUCGCAUCUCCAUUAACUCUCCAUUUACUCUACCGACCAUCUGCCGAGAAUUAAAACGGGGAACGGAAUAUAGCGAGAAACACAUGUCGAUGUGUGUUCUUCCGUUUGUGAAAAGUGAAAAGUGAACAGUGAAAAGUAAGCAAAUCGAAUGUAAUCCGAACUAAAUCGUCUUCGUUGAAAUCGAUUAAACCAACAUUGUCCCGAGCGAGGGGAAGUUUCACGAAAGUUUCGUAAGUGAUUUAUUAUCAAUCACUGCCAAUAGCUGAAUAGUCUGUUGCAAAGAUUGGACGCUUUGUUGACCGACUGACAAAAAUUGUCGACACGGUAGAAUAACGAUAUAUAUAUUUUAUAGUCACAGCGCGCUAAUCGUCAUAUCAUUAACAUUCGGAUCGAAAGAUCUAAUAACGAUGAAAAACGUUCCGAACACUACAAUUCGAUAAGUUUCAAUUUUACUUGCAUCUUUUAGCCACUAGGUCUAAAUUAAAUCGCGAAGGCUGAUAAGUGAUUUAGCUUAAAUAUUCUUUACGUUUUGUAAAUAAAGCGCAUAAAAGAAACAGAAAUUGUUCGUUCGUUCGUAAGCGUUUUCGUAGGCAAUAACUUAUUUAUUAUAAAACAAAUGCAAGUGAUUGUCCACUUUGAACAUGUUAUCGAAAAGAAAAAUAUGAUACUAAGAAAAUUGGUCGAUACAGGCUAGUGUCAUACGCGUACAGGCAAACACAAGACGCGCACAAAUGUAGAUAAUUAAAAAGUAAUAAUUAUUAUUGUCAAGUACUACAUAUGCAUAUAAAGCGGUAUACAAAAGCGUUACGCAAUAUACGAGUAACGAUUAUUAAUAAAAACAAAGAAAAAGUGAUGUUGAA